AGUAUUAUUGCACAUUGUAUCGUGUUUAUCGAUGUUUCAAUCGAUUAACGAUUGCAAUGCUUCGUCUGCUAAAACACUGACUACACCGGUCACCAGACACCAGUAAAUACUAGGAUAAUUUGUAUUAUUGUAAUUUGAAUUUUAUUACAGCUAUGUUUUUCUCUUCUUGCGUUAAUAACAUUGCCUUGCGACCAAUGCAUGGUUACUUUGAAAAAUUGAGCAAGUUUAGUAAACUUGGUAGCUAUCGGAGUUUAAGUUCCAAUCCACUUAGCUGCUUAGUGUUUCUUGAAAAUUCGAAACGAAACUCUCCGCUGCUGUCAAUAUCGUAUACUCAAAACAACGUUGGAUACGCAAAUAAAUUCAGAAGAUCGUACAGUCAACAAAACUCCCAAUCUGAAUCAAAAUCAGAUAAUGGAAGGAAAGGUUCCAGCAAAAUAAAGCUGUUAAUGAUUGGAUUUGGUUUUGGAGCUGUUAUCGGACUGUCAUAUUGGUACAACAAAAAUGUCAGAAAUAAGAUGGUUCCUAUUGCAAAUGUGGAUUCUGAAAACAAGCUUUUGUUCUUGGAGCCUCCCCCUGUGGAUUUCAUUGCAAAAAAGGUAGAGGGCAACAAAGAUACCAGCAACUUGCAACUGACAUUAUUUCAAUAUGAGCCGUGUCCUUUCUGCAAGAAAGUCCGUGCCUAUUUGGAUUUUGCUGGUCUAUCAUAUGAUGUGGUUGAGGUAAACCCAGUUACGAAAAAACAACUGAACUGGUCUGCAUACAAAAAAGUUCCAAUUGUUGUUGUGAAAGUGGAAGAAGGUUAUCAGCAACUCAAUGACAGCAGUAUGAUUAUAUCAUCUUUGGCCUCUCAUUUGGUUGACCCUGACCAAGACCUAACCACAGUUGUCAAGUAUUAUCCUCAAGUUGACUUUCAAGAUACUAACGGCAAAAAAGGCUCCGAAAUAAUGAAUCGGUAUUUCUUAAUGUUUGGUGACAAUGAGUCUACUGGACGAAGCAAGGAAAGCAUAAUGGAAGAACGCAAGUGGCGUAAAUGGAGCGACGACGUUUUGAUGCACACUAUUUCACCGAAUAUCUACCGAACUUGGGAAGAAUCAUUAGAAGCCUUCAACAUGUUUUCCAAGAACGGCGAUUGGGAGCGCAUUUUUUCUUCAUGGGAGAGACAAAUGGUGAUUUACGUGGGUGCGGCAGUCAUGUAUUUGAUUGGAAAGCGCUUGAAAAAGCGACACAAUAUAUUAGACGACGCCCGUCAAUCUUUGUACAAUGAAGUCAACUAUUUUUUGAAAACUGUCGACGAAAAAGGCACGCCCUUUCUUGGGGGCGAUGUUCCAAAUCUGGCUGAUCUAGCUGUCUACGGAUGUAUUAGCAGUAUUGAUGGAACGCGAACUUUCGAUGAGCUCAUGGAUCACACAAAACUGUCACCCUGGUAUAAGGCAAUGUGCCGUGUUAUAGACAGCCGUCGAGGGAAAAUUUCCUUGUCGUAGUUGCUAAUGCACUCAGCACCAUCUUAGCGUGUAUCCGUUUAACAAAUAUAUUCCCGUGUACAAACAA